CAUCAUUUAAUUUAGAGGUCUACAAAUCAUGUCUACCAAUUACGAUCAUACUAACCUUUUUUCCUUUUCUCAUUUUAUGAUAUUUAUUCUAUCUUUAUCAUUUUUUCAAUCUUAUGCUAAUGAUAAUUCACCUUCCAUCAUUUGCAAAAAUACCCCUUUUCCUAAUUUUUGCAAAUCAAUAUUCCCCAAAAAAUGGAAUAAUGUCACUUCAAAACACAAUGUCUACGACUACGGUCGAUUUUCUGUUCAUAAAUCUUUAUCUACGACUCGUAAAUUCAUUUCUCUUGUUCAGAAACACCUUAGAAAAUAAAAAAAUCUAACGAACCUCGCGAUUCGCGCCCUCGAAGAUUGUCUAUUUUUAGCUGAUUUAAACAUAGAUUAUCUUUCAACAACAUUCAAAAUUGUUAAUGAAACUUCCAAGAUUUUGCCAAUUUUGGAAGCAAAAGAUUUACAAACUUUGUUAAGUGCCAUUUUGACAAAUACACAAACUUGUUCAGCUGGUUUACAAGAAAUUACUAGUACCUCUUUCGAUCCUCGGAGUUUGAGAAAUGACAUUUUAACCCCUCUUAUUAAUGACACAAAACUUCAUAGUGUUUCAUUAGCUUUGUUCACAAAAGGGUGGGUUCCUAAGGGCAAAAAAGGAAUAAAAAUUACUCAAAAGAAGUCAGUUUUCAGAAAUGGCCACUUGCCUUUGAAAAUGUCUGCAAGAAAAUGGGCUAUAUUUGAAAGGAUUAGCACGAGAAGGCUACUUCAGCAACAAGAUGAUGAUCAACUUUUGGAAUAUGAUGACCAAAUUUUGGUGAGUGAUGUGAUUGUAAACCAAGAUGGAAGUGGGAAUUUUAGUACCAUAAAUGAUGCUGUGGCUAUUGCACCAAAUAAUAUUAAUGGUGUCACAGGCUAUUUUCUCAUAUAUAUAACUACUUGUGCGUAUGAGGAAUAUGUUUCAAUAGCCAAAAACAAGAAGUAUUUGAUGAUAGCCAAAAACACUAUCAACGGGCCGUUGUUUUAACGUCAUUAUCUUACAAUGUUUUCCUGUUUAUCAACAGCUGUGGUUGGUCAAGGAUUUGUUGCAGUUAACAUAACAUUCGAAAACACAGCAGGACCGAUAAAUCACCAAGCAGUUGCAGUUAGAAAUGGAGCAGAUUUAUCGACAUUUUAUAGCUGCAGCUUCCACGGGUACCAAGACACGUUAUGCGUACACUCGCUCAGACAAUUCUACAGAGAAUGCGACAUUUAUGGCACGAUCGAAUUCAUAUUUGGAAACGCAGCAGCAGUUUUCCAGAAUUCUAACAUAUACCCAAAACUCCCUUUACAAAAUCAGUUCAACGCAAUCACAGCACAAGGCAGAACAGAUCCGAAUCAAAACACGGGGAUUUCGAUUCAAAAUUGUACAGUAAAACCAGCAGACGACUUAAAAUUUGGUAAUAGUAGCACAGAACCGUACCUUGGUAGGCCUUGGAAGGAGUACUCGAGGACUGUUUACGCCCAAAGUUUCAUCGAUGGGUACGUGAAUCCGUUAGGAUGAAAAGAAUGGUCGGGUUACUAUGCGGAGUUUAACAACACGGGACCAGGUUCUAACACCAGCGGCAGAGUCACUCGGCCUGGUUUUCACGUUAUUGAUGCCAUCGACGCUGCUAAUUUCACAGUUUCCGCCUUCUUACUUGGAGAUAAUUGGUUGCCACAAACUGGAGUGCCAUAUUUUAGUGGUCUGUUAUAA